AUGCAUUUUUGCAAUCGGCUUUUUGAUAAAUUGUUGCUCAAGUAUGGGGUGAAACACAAGAUAGCGACUGCUUAUCAUCCUCAAACGAGUGGUCAAGUGGAGAUAUUUAAUCGAGAAAUUAAGAGGAUUUUUGAGAAGACUCUGAGCGUGAGUAGGAGAAAUUGGUCGCUGAAGCUCGAUGAUGCUCUGUGGGCAUACAGAACAGCCUAUAAAACUCCUAUUGGCACAUCUCCCUAUAAGCUCGUCUUUGGUAAGGUAUGUCAUCUCCCAGUUGAGCUCAAGCAUAGAGCGUAUUGGGCAAUAAAGAAGCUGAAUUUAGACAUGGUUCAAGCUGGAGAAAAGAUAUUGUUGCAGCUGCAUGAGUUGGACGAAUUUCUCUAUCAUGCUUAUGAGAACGCAAAAAUGUACAAGGAGCGAACUAAGAGAAUUCACGACAAGCACAUCCAACCUCGUGACUUUGACCUUGGCAGUUAG